AUGUUCAGGAGGAUGCCCAAAGCAGUGGAGCAACAGGAAGGGGAGGACCUGGAGCCACCAGAGGGCGGCAGCCAGCUGAGACGCAGGCGAACCAUAAAGAAGAAGAGAAGGGUGGUGUCGUUCCGGGUCAAACAAACUUUACCCAGAGUUCCCAAGCUGAGCGCUCAGAGUUCUGACAAGCUCCCUGUCCUGGAGGAGACCGUGGAGAUGCAGGACUUGACUCCGUUCCAGGAGAGCACAGUGGAGAUCCAGCCUGUGGAGAUGGCAGCCUACCCCACCGAGGGCAACCCGCUGGAGUCUGAAGAGAGCGACGGUCUCAUGGAGUGGUGGAAUACAGUCGAGGGGUGGACAGAGUGGAACGAGACGUCCAAUUUCCAGGAGGACGACGAGGAAAUAGCCGUCGAACAGGCUGCCGAUCGUGUCUUCAUGGCGGCCCGUCUGUUUGUGCGCCUCUUCAACCAGCGGGGGGCGUCCUUACAGCAGCGCAUCCUUGAAAUGCUGUCCCAAGCCGAUGCGGCCGACCAGUUCCACAAGAGGACCGUGUCAGCUGCCGUGGGCGGGGGCGUGGCCAGUGUGGCGGGCAGCGUGGCCACCAUCACGGGGCUCAUCCUCGCGCCCUUCACCUUCGGCGCGUCUAUCAUCGUCACAGCUGUGGGCAUCGGUGUGGCGACGGCGGGCAGCAUCACCUCUGCGACGGCCAACAUCACAGACACGGUUCACUCCAACAUGGACCGCAAGAAGGUGGAGAAGAUGAUCCAGGGCUACCAGGAGGAGAUCAAGGACAUCCGAGAGUGUCUGGAAUUUGUGCAGGAAGGUAUGGACACCCUCCAGGAAUGGGACUUUGAGAAGUACUCGGAGAGUGCCGCCAAGAAGGCGCUGAACCACAACAUCAAGCAUGUGAUGAAGGAGGGAGGACGCGCCGGCAAGGCCCUUAUGAUCAACACCGACAAGCUCAUCAGCACCGUGCAGGUCCUGGGUGCAGCGGGCGGAGCCGCUAAGGCCGCCCAGGCUAUAAGCGUCACCACAGGGGUCAUGUCGGCCCUCUUCCUGGCCCUAGAUGUCUUCUUCUUGGCCAAAGACUCUCACGAACUCCGCAAAGGUGCCAAGACCAAGUUUGCCACCAAGAUUCGGGAGGUGUGCAAAGACCUCCAAGACGGCCUCCUGGAGCUCAACAAGGUGAAGACCCAGCUGCAGAAAACCAUGGAUGGCAUCGAGCUGGAGGAAUAUGAGGAGAUUGAGGAGGUGGAGGUGGAAGUGGAGGAUGAGUUAGAGUCAGACCCAGUAAAGUUGGCUCAGCUGGAGGAGGAACUGGACCUCCUGGAGGAGAAACUGGACAAGAAGUUCCAGGAGGAGCAGACAGGGAGCAAGAGUAAGGAGACAAAGAAGAAAGGAAAUGUGGAAAACAAGGAGGGAAAGGAGAAGGAGAACAAGAAAGAGAAAUUGGUGCCGGAAGAAAAAGAAGCCAAGGGGAAGAAAGGCAGAGAAAAUGGUGAGAAAGAGGCGAGGGAGAAUGAAGAAAAGAGGGAGGAAGAAGAUAAAGAUGGCAAAAAUGGGGGAAAGGAGGAGAGCAAGGAGAACAUAGGGGAGGGAAGGCAAACUGGGGAGGAGAAACAAGAGGAAGAGAAAAUUAGGAGUGGGAUUGAUGAAGAGGAGGUUCUGAAAGAAACUUCAGUGAAAGGGAGAAAGGAGAGGGAGACAGAAAAUUGCUUUACAACUGAAAGAGAAAAAAACAAGAUUAAGCAAGAGACGACAAUAGAGAUCACAUGUAAAAAUGAGAAGACAGAAGAAGAAAGAAAAGAGAGGGAUGAAAAGAGCCAGAAGGCAGAGGAACAAAACUGUCUUAAAAGCAUGCCAGGGAGUUCAGAUACAGCUGCCUGGAGCGGAGCGGUGGACUCCCAGAGGGUGAAAAGCAAAAGAGAGGAAAAGAGGAAGAGCAACCUGAGCAACAGAUUACCCAAAGCUUCUCUGGAAAGUAUGACGUCAUUACGUGUCCACGCCCAGGCAACUCAGCUGCAUAUCCGUGUGGAAAAUGACCCCGACCCAACAGCGCUGAAGCAAAUGAUGACCCCGACCCAACAGCGCUGA